CUGAAAAAGAUUGCACGAUGAUGACGUUUACAAAUAAACCUUUCGAUUUUUAACAGGAUUUAUAUAUCCAUGUCUUUUCGUUGGCUUUAAACUGACGUGUUGUGAAAAAUUUAAAAUAUUCUGCGAAUAUUAAUCUGCACCAUAGACACGAUGUUCAACAUUCAAACCCACAUGGAUUUCGAGGGCCAGGGCCGUGCUGAGAAACUGUCACGGCUGAUCAUUACCCUGUUUGGAGCGGUGGGUCUCAUCUGGGGCUAUAUUAUUCAGCAAUUCUCCCAGACUGUAUACAUACUGAUUGCCGGUGUGCUGUUGGCUUCGAUCCUAACCGUUCUGCCAUGGCCAAUCUACCGCCGUAAGCCACUGAACUGGCAAAAACCUCGCCCGGACCCACAGUCAGCAGCUACGGGAUCGGAAACCGACUCAUCUAAAAAGAAGAAGAAAUAGUCCAUUCCAUUCUUUAUUAUACUAAAACAAUAAAUAGAGGCGUAAAAACAGAA